UGCUCAAACUCGUCCGUCUGGAAACCGCGUCACUUCGGUGAAAUCGUUAGCUGUCAUUCGUCCAAGCCAGCCAGUGUGAUCGUGGCGCUGGCGGAGUGGAGGAACGAAUAGGAAAUGUAAAUGAUCGUUUUAAACGCAGAAUCAUCUCCAGAGAAUUGUACCAAUGCUCAAACACGCGGAUGUGUCUUGUUUUAAGAGGCUUGGACGUUAGAGGGAAAUCAGUUUUAUAACUAACCAUCUCGUCCUGUUGCUUUUAUUGUAAGAUUUGCUCUCUGGCGCCUCCCCCUGGCCAUGCUGUGUUUGUGCGCUGCGCUGCUGGUUUUGGCUGCUCCGGCCCUGUCCUCCUCUGCAGACCCGGAGACACACAGGCCCAGACAUGACUCUAACCUGGAGAUCUACAAGCGUCUGUUGGAGACGAAGCGGAAGGACCAGCUGAAUGCGCUGAAGAACCUGGUGGAGCUCAAUGACAUUAACCAGCAGCACAAGAUCAUUGACAUCAUGCUGAAGGGACUUUUUAAGGUGCUGGAGGACUCCAGAGCGGUUCUCACUGCAGCCAACCUGCAGCCCGAUGACCCUUUCCCCCGGGACGACAAAAUCAAAGAAGCGUACUCCCAUGUGAUAGAGAACACGGCGUUCUUUGGCGACGUGGCCCUGCGCUUCCCGCGCAUCGUGCAUCACUACUACGACCGCAACGCCGACUGGGGGGCCCUGCUGCGCUGGGGGCUGCGCUUCUGCAACCUGACGGGCGUCUUCGCCGGGGGGGCCCACCAGCACGUCCUCACACUGAUGUCCCAGGAGUUGGGAAUAACGGAGAAAUCGGCCGACUAUAUCAACCCGUACCGCACUGAGCGAGACGACGUGCUGCACACUGUAGAAGCCUUCCAGAAAGUCCUGAGGGAAGAAGAGAAGAGGAGGAGGAAGGAGGAGAAGAGGAAAGAGAUCAGGAAGGGCCCGCGCAUAUCCCGCUCUCGCACAGAGCUCUAGCGCCCUGACGCUCGGGGGGGG